UUAUGUUUGGCAAUAGUAAUUAAUCAUGGCAUCUCGCACGCAAAUUUUGAGAAUUUAUAAACAAUUAUUAAAAGAAUCGAGUAAAUUUUCUAGUUUUAUGUAUAGAACGUAUUCCCUGAGAAGAAUAAAAGAUGCCUUCAGAGAACAUAAAGAGGAAACUGAUAAUGAAAAAAUUCAAGAUUUAGUCACUUAUGCAAAUAGUAAUUUAGAGAUAAUCAAACGUCAGGUAGUAAUCGGACAGUUGUUCCGAGGGCCAGAAAUUGUCAUCGAAAAGCAGCUGAAAUCAAACAAAGCACUGAAAAAUUAGGUCUUAAAUCAACUUAUGAUGCAAAAAAUUUACAUUUUGCUGCUUUUUUAAGCAUUUGAAUUCACAGAUGAAAAUGAAAUAGUUGUUUCUAAAUGACUACUGUUGGCUUGCCUUUAAUGCAGCAUUGAAGUCUUCCUUUUGCUGUAAAAAUUGUUCUAAUCAUGUAGGAGAUUCUUGCUGUAUUUUUUCCAUGCUCGCAUUGUUUUGUAAAAUAAAUGUUAUA